GCCGUUCACUCUCUAGGUACCUAUGUACAUAGUCAAUACCUACCUAAGUUUACCAGUACCUGAUUGGCAGUAGGUAGCAGCGCUGUAAAUCAUCCCGUCUACUCCCUAGGUAGGAGGUAUGUAGAUUUAGCCCCCAUUAGUACCGAAGCUGCAGUCAUUCACCUAGGAUUUACCUUGUGCCCAUCUCCUAUUGCAAAGUCUGGAUCGAGAUCGGAAACAUAGAGUUUCGCCAAGAAGUCACUAUAAAAUGUCGGAUUCUGACGGUGAACCGCGCUCCAAAAGAAGCAGGUUUAAAUCAUUUUUGAAAGAGGAACUCUCAAAGGGACUCUCAAAGAGCAAAGAGGAAUUUACCAAGGGAAAGCUACAUGCACAACAUGCCCUAGGCCUAGGCCACCAACCCAAUGUAAUUCCACCGGCUCACCCGGGCCUUGUCGCGGAGAGCCGCACCGUUGCUAUCGGGUGGCAUCCUGUCCCUGGCGGGGGUUGGCUUGCAGAAACAGGGCUCGGUCAACUUAUAUCCAAAAAGAUCAACAAUUAUCCUGACCCUACCCAGCACUGGGCCAUUCUAGUGGGUGAAUACUGUCAUCAGCUGUGGAUGGAUGAGAACUUGGACAUUAUUUACAUCAAUGGCGAGCAAGCAGGUACUGAGUGGACACGCUACGAAGUUGGCAAGACAAAACUCAACGAUGAGGCUCUUAGACAAGCUGGUGAGAUGGUUAUCUACAAUAUGAGGGAAAAACAGAAGGGCUACAAUCUUAUUACAAACAAUUGCCAGAACUUUGCUUUGAACAUGCUAGAUGCGAUUCAAAUUGGCAAACAUAGAGAAUUUGGCACGGCGUUGGCCAUCUUUCAAAAGGCAACGGGCAAGGGUAGUGUCAGCGAUCUGUUUCUCGAGAAGCUACCCGAGGCAGAGGAGCAGGAUGAACAGUCCCCCGAUCAAGUAGUACAACACGCUUCUCAAGUCAUGGACGAACACACCACCAAGAUCGACACUCAUCAGUCACGUCACUGAAAGCCCCGAGUCCCCUCCCCAUGCUCCCAUUUGAUGAGAAUGCAUCUUGUCAUUCCUUGACACGGAUUUUUGCCUUGGGGGAUGCCGUAGAUACUUGUGCUAGGUUAGAUUUUCCACUAAUCCUUAUUAUAUGGCAGUCUUGCGCAUCUUCUCGUUUUCGGAGUCGCAAAAGUAGUUCAGGUGCUCUGGGGUGUCCCAAGCUUAGCGAAAUGAAAUCCGGGGAGGUUUCAAUUUACUUAGAUUGUGAGAGUGUCUCCGCGUGACCAAGAAGAACUUGCAAACCCAUUUUAGAUAAUAUCAUGGCGACACCCAAACCCCAGUGAGAAUGGAAUCUACAUAGUAAAAGGUUGCGAAGUAUAUUUGAUCGAGGAUACCUGUACACACCGCUGUUCCGAUUUUCCAUGGAUUGCUUGCUUGCAGGCCCACAGCAACAUCUGGCUUGAUGUUGAGGUCUGGAUGCCGUACUACUGUAGGUACACGUAUCUCCACAUACAAUUACAAGCGUGGAAACACUUUCUGGAGGACAAAAGGAUGGUGUCAAGUCCAC